GUUCUAGAGAGAGAGAGAAAGAGGGUCAGGGAGAGGAAUAGAGAGAGAGAGGGUACCAAAAUGGGUAAGAUAGUGGAGAGGAAGAAGAAGAAGAAAGGGCGACCCUCUCUUUUAGAUCUCCAAAAACGGAACCUGAGAGAGCAACAACAGCACCAGAAUCAACACCACCCUAAGCGAAUUAGCAAUUCGGUCCCUCAUUCUCAAGAUAAUUACAAGACUGCCCCUGCUUCGUCUACCCCUAAUUCGGUUCGUCGAUCUACUCGCCGGAACCCUAAUCCCGACCCGGAAAGUCCCAACGCUGAGGAGGAGGAUGACGACGAGGACGAAGAAGAGGAAUUGGCAGGAAAACGACGCGAGAAGAAGCUCAAACUUGUCCUUAAGUUGCCCCCAAACCAAAAAUCCUCUCUCAAUUCCGCUUCCCACAAUUCGUAUGCUUCCGAUUCGAAUGCCGAAGAAGAUAACGCCGCCUCUAUUGGUAACAAGAAGCGUAAAAUCAAUGCGAUCGGAGAUGGAUCUGGGCUCUCUGACACAAAGAAGGGUAUCAAGUCCAUUUCUGGAACAAUCCCAUCAAACACCUUUCAAGGGGCAAAGGCGGAUUUGGGACCCUCAACGCCUUUACCCGAUAUAAAGCUGCUACUGUUCAUCCUCGACAGGCUCCAAAAGAAGGACACCUAUGGUGUGUACUCUGAACCUGCGGACCCUGAAGAGCUCCCAGACUAUCAUGAAGUAAUAGAGCAUCCUAUGGAUUUUGGGACUGUGAGGAAGAAACUUACUGGUGGUGCUUAUGCCUUCCUGGAAGAGUUUGAGAAAGAUAUAUAUUUAAUCUGCACUAAUGCAAUGCAGUAUAAUGCCCCAGACACCGUAUAUUUUCGACAGGCACGUUCUAUACACGAGUUGGCAAAAAAGAAUUUUGAAAAUUUGAGGCAGGAUAGUGAUGAUAAUGAACCAGCAGUACCUAAAGUAGUAAGAAGAGGGAGACCACCAACCAAAAAUUUGAAAAAACCAAGUUCAGAGUAUUCCUCAGAUGCUCCUGUUGCUACUACUACUGGAGGGGAGAAUGUCACUUUGUCAAAUCAUGAAAUGAGAAAAGGUCCUCAUCUUCAAGAGAAGUCUGGUCUGGCAGAUUUAUCUGGAAGAGUUCAUGGUUCACGCAAUAAUGAUGUCUAUAGUAGCUGGUUAGCUGAUAACAAACUUGAGAGGAAUGACGAGUUUACAGGGUCCGCUAUGAGGGGUAAUUUUAAGAAUGGAAAAAAACAAUUUAUGCUUGAUGAGAACAGGCGUAACACUUAUAUGCAACCUCAUCCAUCUGCUGGUGGACGUGAGCCGUCCGUGUUGACUACUUUUGAUGGAGAAAGAAAACUGCUGAUGCCUGUUGGGGUUCUCGUCGAGCAUGGUUAUGCAAGGAGUCUGGCUCGAUUUGCUGCCAAUCUUGGACCUGUUGCUUGGAAAAUUGCUUCCAAGAAGAUUGAAAUGACCUUACCAGCUGGUGCUAAGUUUGGCCCUGGUUGGGUUGUAGAGAAUGACAUCGUGCAACAGAAGCCACUCUUUUUACCAGGACAGCCAUCGGUAUCGCAGCCCUUUAAUGUUUUGUCAAAUCCAUCAUCUGCUGCAACAAGCUGCACCCUUGAUUCAAGGGUUGAUAGAUUGUCACAGAAGCCCGAAGGGGAUAACUUGUCAGAGAAGCAAGUGCCUUCAGCUACUACCUCAACGUUGGACAGCCAUCCAAGCAAAUCUCUCUCUGUGUCAGCCACCACCUCCUCUGCAUCCAUAUUCGGGAGGUCUCCUGAACCUGUCACAGCUAAGGCAGAAACUGUAGAAGGAUUGAAACCCAAUGCUGGGUUUAACACGCAGAACAGUAUUGGUGGGAUCAGGCCAAGACCUCCAUUUCCAAUUCAUCAAGGCCCUAUGAUUCACCCUGGUAUGAAUGGAUUUAACGGCUAUAAUCUGGCUGCCCAGAUGGGAAAACUAAUAGGACCACAUGCUGGACCAGCUGGUUUUAACAUCCAAUCAUCUCAGAUGAUCGAUACAAGCUCUAGAAACACUAAUAAAUUUAAUCUCGCAACUGGGAGCAGUUUAACUCCUGAAGAAACUAAUAAAUUGUCAGAAAAUCGAAGUACAAUAAGUUCCAGCAAUCCAUUGCCAAAUCCUGGGAAUGAGGCAGCAACAGCAUCGACACCAGGGUUUCAUCCAAGGCCAUCUUGGCAAGGUUUCUCGCCUCAGCCAAGACCUGAUUCAGGGUUGUUGACGCAACAGAAGUCGGAUUCAGUUCCACCAGACCUUAAUGUCAGAUUUCAGUCACCAGGGUCUCCUAGUUCUAGCAGAGUUGAUUCAACACAACCAGAUUUAGCAUUGCAGCUUUGAGAAUAAUUGAGGUUUUUUUUCUUUUUCUUUUUCCUUGUUUGUCAUUCUCGUUAAUUAAGUUAACCAUAGACCGGUGGGUUCAUGAUUUGUUGCUCCAAGUGACUGAGGCCAAUAGAAAAUGGUCUGCGUGUCAGAAGCCGAGUUGGGCCACACCUAACAUUAUUGUAAAAGAUUAGGUUGAUUUUGUACAGAUUAAUGUAUUCUAAUUUUAGGUCCACAAGUAAAGAAGUUCUCAUUUGUAUUUGUUGACUAAUGAGCUAAGAUAAGAUGAUUAUCUAAGUUAGAAAUCCUGUGUACUCUAAAAGAAAUAUAAUUUAGAUUUGAUUAA